UAUGGUCGAGUGGGCGGAGCCAGGAGCAAGAUGGCCGCGCUCGCAGCUGCCACGGAGCCGCAAGCUUCCGGGGGUCCCCGGCCCCCAGUGUGUCUGCUGGUGUUGGGAAUGGCGGGGUCUGGGAAAACCACCUUUGUACAGAGGCUCACAGGAUAUCUGCAUAGUCAAGGGUGUCCACCUUAUGUGAUCAACCUGGAUCCAGCUGUGCAUGAAGUUCCCUUUCCUGCCAAUAUUGAUAUUCGUGACACUGUGAAAUAUAAAGAAGUCAUGAAACAGUAUGGACUUGGACCCAAUGGUGGCAUAGUGACCUCACUCAAUCUCUUUGCUACCAGAUUUGAUCAGGUGAUGAAAUUUAUUGAGAAGGCCCAGAACAUGUCUAAGUAUGUCUUGAUUGACACACCUGGACAGAUUGAGGUAUUCACCUGGUCAGCUUCUGGGACAAUCAUCACUGAGGCCCUGGCAUCCUCGUUUCCAACGAUUGUCAUUUAUGUAAUGGACACAUCUCGAAGUAUCAACCCAGUGACCUUCAUGUCCAAUAUGCUCUAUGCCUGCAGCAUCUUGUACAAAACCAAGCUGCCUUUUAUUGUGGUCAUGAAUAAAACUGACAUCAUUGAUCACAGCUUUGCAGUGGAAUGGAUGCAGGAUUUUGAGGCUUUCCAAGAUGCCUUGAAUCAAGAGACUACAUAUGUCAGUAACCUGACUCGUUCAAUGAGCCUCGUGUUAGAUGAGUUUUACAGCUCCCUCAGGGUGGUGGGUGUGUCUGCUGUUCUGGGUACAGGCUUAGAUGAACUCUUCGUGCAAGUUGCCAGUGCCACAGAAGAAUAUGAAAGAGAGUAUCGUCCUGAAUAUGAACGUCUGAAGAAAUCGCUGGCCAGUGCACAGAGCCAGCAGCAGAAAGAACAACUGGAGCGACUUCGGAAAGAUAUGGGCUCUAUAGCCUUGGACACCGGGACUGCCACAGGCAGCUUACCUCCUGUGAUGGACCCUUCUGACUUGAUCCUGACUCGGGGAACCUUGGAUGAAGAGGAUGAGGAAGCAGACAGUGAUACUGAAGACAUUGACCACAGAGUUACAGAGGAAAGCCGUGAAGAGCCAGCAUUCCAGAAUUUUAUGCAAGAAUCAAUGGCACAGUACUGGAAGAGAAACAACAAAUAGUUUCUAAAGUCCAAAAUUUUGGAACUCUGUGUGAAGGGACUAUCCUUAUCUCUGAUUGGGGGCUACUAUAAAGGACAAUUUUGUUCAGGAUAGCAGUUUCUCUUACUAGUGAAAUCUCCUGACUCAGAUGAAGCCAGGGAUAGAAUACAUUUGGACCUGGCAGGUAGAUGCUGAUUCCCCUUGGCAUUUUCCUUGGAUUUAGGCAAGGAAGGAUAUUCUGGUUUUGGAUGCUGAUAUCCCUUCAAGCCUAAAACUGCAAGUUUUAUCAUUUGAACGCACAUACUUUUGCUGCUGAUGGACAGAACAGAGAGAGAACUUAGUAGGCUGGAUCUGUAGCCUCUGCUUCUCCAGCAUCUUGCCUUUGAACCUGCACCACGAGUUCCCCUCCUUUUAGCAGAAAGAGGGGGAAACAGGAGCUUGUCCAGAGUGGCAGUGGAGUCUCCUUGGCAACCAAUCAAUCUUGGUAUGAAAUGUGCCUCAGACUGGGUAGCUUAUUGUAGCACACCAGGUUCAUUGAAGAAAGUGGGCAAAACACUGUUAACGAAUAAGAAUUCUACUUUAGAUGGUGACUUGGAUAAAGAGUUUUUAAUUUUAACUUUGUUGUAAGCCUGCUUGUCAUAAUUUCAAAUAAGAAAAUUAUCACAAAUAGUCACUGCAGUUCAGAAGAGAGGUUUAAAGCCACAUGUUGUUUACUAAGGUUCCAUGUACAUACCACACCUAGUAACCAGGUACAAAGCCAGGCCCUGUUUGUAUUGUACUUUAACUUAAUGCAGUGUAUCCUUAGUGAUUUACUCAAAGGCCACGGAUUUGGGUCAGUUGCACAUUCCAUAUAUAACAGCCCUGGUAAGGGUUUGCUUUGCCUCCACAUUCUUCACAGUAUCUUAAAACAUUAUACAUUUCUCUUAAGGAAUUUUGUCCCUGCCUAACCUGUAUUCCAGAUCAGUGGUUCUCAAAGUGUGGUCUCUGGACCAGAAGCAGCAGCAGCAUCUGGGAAGUUACUAAAAAUGGGACAUUCAAGCCCUGUAUCAGAAACUGGGGGGGUGUGGGGCCUAGCAGUCCGUUUUACUAAGGCCUCCAGGGGAUUCUGAUGCAUGCUAAGUUCAGAACAAUAUUCUAACUCAAACAGCCUAUGACGUAAUUCUAGGCCAGGUGAAUCUCAGAUAUCAAUGUGCUCAUCACCUGCUUUAUCAGAGUACCCCAACCUUGACCAUCUGGUGCCUAUUCUCCAAUCUAACAUUCUAAAAAUAAAGUGUUUUGCUUUACAUGAAGUAUUAAUUUCAGUAUUCUGUAACUAAUGGAAACCACUGGUCUAAAAACUUGAACCUGUUCUUUGAGAGGAAACCAUUUGCACGGCAAAACUCUGAACAUACCUGAUUUUUUCCCUUAGUGACUUUGUAUACUUUUUACUUAAAGAGGAACUUGUCUGGCCUAUGCUAUAAGCUCCAUAAGGGCAGAGACAGUCUUACUCAUCUGUGUAUCCCUUGCAGAGGACCCAGUACAUAAUAGGUACUCAACAAAUGUUUGCUAAGUGAA